ACCUGAGUGUUUUAGCUGCAGCGCGGAUUUAAAGGGAGACAAACCUCGUGUUUCCUGCAGUUCCUUCGCUUCACUUUCAGUCCUCCUCCAACUCUGAUUUCUGCUCCACGACCCUGGAAGCUGGAAACGGACAGAAAGCUGCAGAAACCCGGCUGAAAGGACCAUGGUUCCCUUCGUGUUGGUCCUCCUCCUGGUUCCACAUGUGUUGCUCAGCUCGACGCAUGUAGCAGUGAUCUCCCCUCAGGAUCCGGUCCUGCGUAUCGGCUCCAGCCUGACGGCCUCCUGCUCGCUGAGCCCCGAUCUCGGCCUCCACGCCUCCACCUUGUUCUGGACGCUCAACGGUCUUCGUCUGUCCGGCAGCAGCUACAGCGUGGUUUCCUCCGGCGUCCUGAGCGUCACCCUGCACCGCCUGAACGGAUCCCAGCAGCAGUCUGGAGACAACCUGGUGUGUCACGGAGCAGAUGGCCGCGUCCUGGCAGGCUCCUGUCUCUACGUGGGCAUGCCUCCAGAGAAGCCGGUCAACUUGACCUGUUUGUCUCGCAACACGAAGGACUUGAGCUGCAGGUGGAGCGUCGGCGGCCCGGGCGAGACCCACAUCCGAACCAAAUACACCCUCAAGUACAAACUGAGGUGGCAUGGAAAGGAGAAGGAGUGUGAGGAUUACGGCUCAGGAGAGCAGCGUUACUCCUGCUACAUCCCCCACAACAUCGCCCUCUUCACCCCCUACCAGAUCUGGGUGGAGGCGACCAAUCAGCUGGGCUCGGCCACCUCUGACAUCACCACCCUGGACAUCCUGGAUGUAGUGACCACCGAUCCUCCUGCCAACGUUCAGGUGAGCCGAGUGGGCGACCUGGACGACCAGCUGACGGUCCGCUGGUCCAGCCCCCCCGAGCUCAAGGACGUCCUGUUUCAGGCCAAAUAUCAGAUCCGCUACAGGCUGGAGGACAGCGCAGACUGGAAGGUGGUGGACGAUGUCGGUAAUCUGACGUCAUGCCGGCUGGCGGGUCUCCAGCCUGGAACUGUCUAUUUUGUCCAGGUGAGGUGCAACCCGGUCGGCAUCUUUGGCUCCAGGAAGGCUGGAAUCUGGAGCGACUGGAGCCACCCGACUGCCGCCUCCACGCCCAGCAGUGAGCGGCAGCUGAGCGGCUCUUGCGAUCCGAAGCCCGGCCAGCAGAACUCCACCCUGCGGCGGGAGCUCAAGCAGUUCUUCGGCUGGGUCCGGAAGCACGCGUACGGCUGCAGCGGCAUGUCCAUCAAGCUGUACGACCAGUGGAGGGUGUGGCUGCAGAAAUCGCACAAAGCGCGCAACCAGAUUCUACAAGACGAUAACUCAUAGCCGAGGCGCCCGGCACCGCUGUGGUGUUUUAAUUCGAGAGCAGCAUCCAGAAACUCUGAUGUUCCAGAGGGGUCCAGGCCACGGGAGAGAUCCAGCUGCUGCAGCAUUCAGUCGUACAGGCCUGAAUUUAUAAAGGGCUCGGAUGGGAGAUAACUUUUUAUCUGCCAUUUCCGCUGCCCAAAUCCAUUGGUUAGAUCUGUUAGCAGGCAACUAAAAACACUCAGGCCAUCAGUAACUGCAAGUUUAUUCUCAAAAGUUAAUUUAACACUUCAAAUUUUCACAUUAAUACAAGAUAAACACUUGUUCUUCAAGCAAAUCUAAUCGCCUGAAAUUAUCAUUUUUAUAACAGUUUAUGGCUCAUUAUCCGCAGAUUAUCUCAUCACUAGGAGCCGAACAGUUCAGGGAGAAAGAAA